AUGGGAAAAGAAAAAACACAUAUUAAUUUAGUUGUUAUUGGCCAUGUCGAUAGUGGAAAAUCAACUACCACAGGUCACAUUAUUUACAAAUUGGGAGGUAUAGAUAGAAGAACUAUUGAAAAAUUUGAAAAGGAAUCAGCUGAAAUGGGUAAAGGUAGUUUCAAAUAUGCAUGGGUUUUAGAUAAACUUAAAGCAGAAAGAGAAAGAGGUAUUACUAUAGAUAUUGCCUUAUGGAAAUUUGAAACUCCAAGGUAUUAUUUCACUGUUAUUGAUGCACCAGGUCACAAAGAUUUUAUCAAAAAUAUGAUUACUGGUACAUCUCAGGCUGAUGUUGCUUUGUUAAUAGUACCAGCUGAAGUUGGUGGAUUUGAAGGUGCAUUCUCUAAGGAAGGUCAAACAAAGGAACAUGCUUUAUUAGCCUUUACAUUAGGUGUUAAGCAAAUUGUUGUAGGUGUUAAUAAAAUGGAUACAGUUAAAUAUUCAGAAGAGAGAUAUGAAGAAAUUAAAAAAGAAGUUAGAGAUUAUUUAAAAAAAGUUGGAUAUGCAGCAGAUAAAGUUGAUUUUAUUCCAAUAUCCGGUUUCGAAGGUGAUAAUUUAAUUGAAAAAUCAGAUAAAACACCAUGGUAUAAGGGAAGAACAUUAAUUGAAGCUUUAGAUACUAUGGAACCACCAAAGAGACCAUUUGAUAAACCAUUAAGAAUUCCACUUCAAGGUGUUUACAAGAUUGGAGGUAUAGGUACAGUACCUGUAGGUCGUGUUGAAACAGGUAUAUUAAAAGCUGGAAUGGUUUUGAAUUUUGCUCCAUCAGCAGUUGUUUCUGAGUGUAAAUCAGUUGAAAUGCACAAAGAAGUUUUAGAAG